ACUAAAUCUUAUUGGUUCAGGCCCACCUUGCUCUGCUCCUGCCCGUACUGCUUGAUCGCUCUCCACACUUCUUUGUUAAGGUUUCUCAUUUUCCUCACCUCCUCGUAUCCUCUCAAUGAAAGCAAUAAGCUUCCGCCUCAAUCGAGAGGCACUUGAAAUUCUACAGCAUGCUCCCGAAAAAAUACAAUUCGAGCUGAAUGGCAACGAUAGCGUAAGUUUUUGUUCACAAACCAUAGUUUCUUGUAAUCUCUCAAGGAUACAUAGACACGGCAUCUCUUUUGGCUGAACUAUUAUGAAUUUCAAAAAAAUAAAGGCCAUGGUUAUUGGCAAUAAAUCAUUUCCAGUCAAUAUUCUACCAGAUCCAACUGUAGCCCACGAAUUAUAUAUGGGUACUUCGGGAGUCAACAUUGAACAUGUGGCCAGUGUCACGCAUCGUGCGGCGAUGAAGCAAGUGCUUUCGCAAGAAGACAAAUCCCGGUUUCGUAGUAGAACAGAAGCGGCAGAGCGCGAAAAGAACGCACGAAGGAUAGAGUUACUCGACGGUCCCAGUGUGCCAUCGCCUCGCAAAGGUGGCACUCCUGCUCGCCGUGUCGUUUCGCCGUCCUCGCAUCGAGCAUCACCGCGACCAGGCGCUACACCAACGCCAACAGCAGCAACGACAUCAACUCCAACUCUUACUAACACUACUACCACUACACCCGCAUCUACUUCUUCAUCUCUUCGCGAACGUCUGAUCCAUCUACUCGCCAUCCAGCCUCUCCCACUGAUCCAAUUGACGACACCUCUCCGAACACGCGAUGACGACUUGAUACCCAUAUUGAAAAAGGUUGCAUCAUCUUCUAAAGGCAACUGGCGGUUACGGCCAGAGAUUUACCCGGAGAUCAGGAUUUGGGAAUGGCGAUACGAUGAAAAAGAGCGAAAUAUUGUGUUAAAGAACGCGCACGAAGCAUACAACACGCUCAAGUUACCUCGCAAUGCUCCAGAGCGAUCCAACCUUGCACCUAAAAAGCCUCAGCACCUUGUUCCGCCACCAGCACAGCGUCGGCCUUCUGCCGACGCUUCGCCCCCACGUAAACGACCAGCCGCUACCACCAAUGAUACCACCACACCCGCCCCCAAAAAGAAGAAAAAGCAAAAGACCAAGAACAAAUCGUCAUCAGCAGCAGCAGCAGCAGCAGCAGUACCACAAGUGGCGCAAUCAGCACCGACACCUACACCAGCACCAGCACCGCCUGCUCUUACAACAACAGCACCGGAUACUUCAUCUGAAAGUGAUGAUGAGUUUGGAGAACCGUUUGCAAUGGAUCGGAUCACUAGCCAGGCCGAAUUCUUAGCGGCAUGCAAGCGGCAUGAUGAUGCACAGGCAGAGUAUACCCAUCUCAAAGGCAAGAUCAGCAAAGAACAUCCGCAAUAUUUAGAAGCACUGGUGCACGUGGAUGGAGAUGCGAUGACAGAUGACGAAGACGAAAUGCGGAUAUCAUUUUAUCGCAAGCUGAGGAUUUUUUAUUUAUCACACGGAGGAACUCAAGCACAAUGGCGAAGUGUUAUACGGCUAUGUCGACAGUUCAAUUGGACAAUGGCGAAAGUGAAUACCAUGUGGGACGAAAUAGAACGCGCAUAUGCCGAGAAUCAUUUUUCCUUGCCCGCCAAUGCCAAGAACAUUUGAUUUAAAUGUAUCUCAUUUAUAAAAAUAGAGAAUGUG